UUCUCGGUGCUCCUCUGCUGGGAUAACAGAGCCAAACCACUCAACACCGACCGCUGACACACUGCCGUACCGUCUGCCCAGGCCAUCCUCCAGUCAGUACGACCACUACCUGCUCAGCAUGCACAUCACACAGCUUAACCGUGAAUGCUUGCUCCACCUCUUCUCCUUCCUGGACAAGGAUAGUCGGUUAAGCCUUUCGCUGACGUGUCUCCACCUCAGAGACGUCUUUCUGGAGCCUGGCCUGUGGCCCUUGCUGCGUUUCCACUCGCCGGGUGAGCUGAAUAAGUGUAACUUUUUGUUGGGGACCUCACUGCGCUACCUGUCCAUAUGCUGGUACUCCAGCAGGGUCAAGGUCUGCAACGUCGAAGACUGGAUGAAGACCACUUUUCAGAAGGACAUCUGCAGCAGACAUGAGGGGCUGGUCAGUGAAUUCCUGGCUCGCGUAUGCAAAACGUGUCCAAACCUUAUCUCUUUGACACUGGCCGGCUGUGGUCACAUCACCAACGACGAUGUGGUUGCCGUCUUACGGAGCUGCACAACCCUGCGCUGUCUGUGCCUGGAGAACUGCGUGCGCAUCACCGACACUCUGCUGCAUGGCAUCGUCACCUACGGCUCUGCCCUGAGGACUGUACAGAUCGACUUCUGUCGUAACGUGACCCAGGCGGGGUUACAGAUGGUAGCAUCACAGCGGCCUGCGAUCCAGCUGAGCGCCGAUAGAAGUGCAGGGAUGAUACCCGACUGUCCUCCUCAGGACAGCCCUCGAGACAGGCGACUGAGGCUCAGCCAGCUCCGGGAAGCUUCCAGGACAGUCAGAGGAACUCUCAGAGGGACAGGCAGUGGGACAGUUUGAGGGACAGUCAGAGGAGCUCUCAGAGGGACAGGCAGCGGGACAGUUUGAGGGACAGUCAGAGGAGCUCUCAGAGGGACAGGCAGCAGGACAGUCAGAGCGAUAGACAACAGGCCACAAAUUCAGGGACACACUAAGGGGGGCAGAGUAGAGGAACAGUACUAAGGACAGACAAUGAGACAAUGAGAAGUGAAGGCAGUGGGACAAGGAGAAGGAUGGACAGGGGGGCAGUGAGAGGGACAGACAGGAAAUGGGAUAAGUGCAGUGCCAUAAGACACAGAAGAACACAAAGGUCAACAAGCUAGAAUUUGUGUGAAGCGUCUUUUUGGGGACCAUGAAAAAAGAAAGCAAAUUAAUUACAAAAUGGAUAAUGGUAUCAACAUACAGUUAUAAUACAUUGCCAUAUUUUUACAUAUUAAUUCAUUCAUAAGUUGUUUUUUUUGUAUUUUAAAUUGAAUUCCAGGUUUGUUUCUCCACUGUAGUAUUACGUUGCGUUUAACUUUUUACAACAUAUAAUUUUUUAAAUAAAUAAAUAUUGAAAGCAUUCCACAAGCAGGUAUAGAAAAUUGAUGGAUGGAUGGAUGGAUGGAUUGAUGAUAGAUGUCUAUGGGUUUUGAAAGGAAGGACAGAAUAUGUCUUUUUCAUGUUAUAAUUUUAUUUGUGUCAUUAGUUUUAUUCUUUUUGUCUGGACAUGCUUUUGUUUAUUGACCUCUUGUUGCCCAGCUACAGAAGUAAUGUGUUAGGUUGUGUUGAGUCCAAUUUAACUGGGUGCAGUGGGCAGGACACUGUCUAAUGAUGUAAUUCCAGUAAAAACUAUGGGCACUGUCUGUUGGGUUUUACAGUGAGAAAUGAUGCAACUCCAGUAAAAACUGGGGCACUGUCUAUCAGGCUUUACUGUGAGCAGUGAUGUAACUCCAGUAAAAACUGGGUCACUGUCUAGCUGACUUUAGAGUGAGUAGUCAUGUAAUACCGAUAAAAGCUAGAGUACUAUCUGGUCGGUUUUACAGUGAGCAGUGAUGUAAUCCCAGUAAAAGCUGUGGCUCUGCCUAACUGGCUUUAAACCCUGGAGUUCCCCGAGGGUGCCUGGCAGACCUGUCAAUAGACACACUUCAUGCAGCAGCGCACUAAGUUUGAAAAUAGCUGGGAUGGGGUCUAUUUUGCCAAUUUUGGCUGCUUGUGCAAACAGGGGUUCUCCAGUGUUUGGGCCUACAUGUUUUUCCUGCUUCCCAUAGCAAGGUCUGACCUUAACUGUGCCUGUUCCUUCACAGACAUUCUUCAUUAGCUUUCAGUAGAUAAAUAUGUGAAAUUUCUGAACUGCAAGGGAAAAAACAAGAGAUCUUAACAUAGUUUUGAAUAACUGGUAGUAACAUAGCAUAGCAUAGAUAGAUACUGUAAAUCGAUAGAUAGAUAGAUAGAUAGAUAGAUAGAUAGAUAGAUAGAUAGAUAGAUAGAUAGAUAGAUAGAUAGAUAGAUAGAUAGAUAGAUAGAUAGAUAGAUAGAUUGAUUGUGUUUACGCCUCCCUUAGCUUGCUCUUUGGAGAGUAAGCUGUUCGCGAAGGGCUGCCACCCGCAGCGGCGUCCAGGGAGCUGGGGGGUUAAGGGUCUUGCUGAAGGACCCGCAGAUGUCCUGAGGCUGGGUUUGAACCAGUGACCUGCUGAUUACAGGCA